AUGCCCUACGCCGAGCGCCUCUUCUCCUCGCCCCUCCACCCUCCGCACGUCCUCCUCCACAACGCCAUGAUUAGAGGGUACGCGCACCACGGGCCCUACGAGAACGCCCUCCACCUGUUCGACGAAAUGCCUCUCAGAGGCCUCGCCCCCAACAGUUUCACCUACCCGUACCUCAUCUCCGCGUGCGCUCGCCUCGGGAGCUCCGGGUUCGGGAAGAAACUCCAUUGCCGGGUUAUCAAAGACGGGUUCGACGGUGUUCCCGUGAUUGGGAGUUCCCUUCUCAAUUUUUAUCUAGAAUUGGAUAUGUCCGAUGCGCGGAGAGUUUUCGAUGGGUUGGCAUUGAAAUCGGUAGGAUUAUGGAAUAAGAUGAUCACUGAGUAUGUGAAUUUUGGCGAUAUCAAUUCCGCGAGGGAGGUGUUCGAUGGAAUGCCGGAGAGGGACGUGGUGUCGUGGAAUGCGAUGUUUUCGGGGUAUGUGAAGUCCAAGUAUGUAGAAGAAGCAAAAGAGUUAUUUCAAAGGAUGCCGAAGAAAGAUAUAGUGUCGUGGACGGCGAUGGUGAGAGCUUUAGCGGAUUCUGAUGAUCUUAGGGGUGCGAGGAAAUUGUUUGAUGAGAUGCCCGAGAGGAAUGUGGUGUCGUGGAAUUGCAUGCUUGCUAGUUAUACCCAGAACGGCAAAUUUAGGCAGGCGCUCGAUCUCUUUCUUCGGAUGCGGUUGGAGAAAGUGGCUCCCGACGGGUACACUGCCGUGUCUGCGUUGUUGGCUUGCGCCCAUUUAGGAGACUUGAAGAUCGGGAAAUGGAUACAUUUCAAUUUAAUAAAUAGUGGGCUUCAGUUAGAAGCUAUAAUUGGCACUUCCCUCGUGGAAAUGUAUUCAAAAUGCGGAGAUAUAGAUAGAGCCCUCCUAACCUUCCUCAAGAUGAUAACGAAGGAUGUGUUUUGUUGGAAUGUAAUGAUCAAAGCGCUUGCAAUGCAUGGAAAGUGCGCGGAUGCUAUGAAACUCUUCGCCUUGCUGAAAAGAGAAGGCCUCGUGCUCAACGACUAUACAUUUAUGGGCAUCUUAUUUGCAUGUAGUCAUGGGGGUUUGGUCGAAGAAGGUAAGAAGAUCUUCGAUUCGAUGGAGAGGGAAUUUAGGGUUCGACCGAAGAUCGAACACUUCGGGUGUUUGAUCGAUAUGCUUUGUCGAGACGGCCGUGUUGAAGAGGCUAAGAGGGUGAUUAAGGAAAUGCCCUAUAAGCCUGAUAUUGCUAUUUGGGGAGCUUUGCUUGGUGGAUGUAGAGUUAGCAAUGAUGUUGUAUCAAUCAAUAAGGUAAUAGAGGGGAUUACACAGCUAGAAACAGAAGAGGGUGGGGUGCAUGCUCUUGUAUCUAACAUUUAUGCUGGUUCAGGCCAAUGGAAUGAGGCUGAGAGUGCUAGAGAGAAGAUGGAAGAUGGAAAAGUUUGGAAGAGCACUGGAUGUAGUGUUGUUCUUGAGGGAUGCUGA